AUGAAUUUAUUUUCUCAAUCUAAAUUAACAUUAAAAUUAAAAAAGCAAAACAGUAACAAUGCAUUACCUCCUGAUCCUGCAAAUAAAUGCCAAGAUUUAACAACAAAUGAUUUUGUAAAAUCCGAGUAUAAUAAUUUACCAAAUAAUAGUUUGUUAUCUGAAAAUGAUAGUUUUGUAGAAUUGUUGCAUACUGUACGUCCUCAGGAUGAAAAAACAACUAUGUCACAAAGCGUUUUUAAAACAACUCCAGUUCAAAAUGUACCUGACGUCAUAAAUGAAAGUAAACAAUGUCCAGUUUGUUUACAAAUGAUUGAUCUCAAAAAUUUCAUUAACCACGUUAAAUCAUGUGGUACAACACAUAAUUUAUCAUCUGAAGUGCUUAUAAAAGCUGUGGAUCUUCAAGAGCGUCAAACAGCUGAAAGAGAAGCACUAGGACUACCUAAGUUAACAAACAGUAGAGAUGUUAAAAUAAAAAAAAAGAGUACUAAACAAACAAAGUUAAAGAUUGGAAAUGAUUCUAAUUUUGAUUUGGCUAUUGCUAUGUCUAUGUCUUUACAAGAGUCCAAAGAAGCUGACAUUAUAAAAGAAUCUGAAAACCUUUUAGAAGCAGGCUUAGAAGCCGAGGCCAUAGAAAAAAGAAAAACAUUGGAAAGCUUUGGUUUUAUAUCAAAUCAGCCAAUUAAAUCCAAAUCUAAGAAUUUUUAUAAAACCAAUUCUUUGUUAUUCAAGCAAACAAAAGAAGAUCGUCAGAAAAGAAUUACUGAAAAAGUAGCAAUGAUUCUUAUAGACUGUGAUUCAUUAUCACCAGAAACAUCGUUGAAUGACUGUCCCAAUAUAAAAUUAAGAUCUAAAUAUUUAAAUAAAAUAAGAAAUGCUGAUUGUGAACUCUGGAAAAAAUCAUUACUUGAAGAAGAUAAUGUAUUUGAAUUUUAUGUGAAAAAUGUGUCCAAGUUCUUAAGCCCUAGUGAAAGCAAUGGUUUACAAAAUAUUGUUCGAUUUCCUUCACAUGAAGAUACUAUAAAACAGGAAUCAAAUACUAUUGAUGAGGAAGACGUAAAUACAUUACAUGCAGUUAUAGAUGAUUCAAAGGUUUUUAAUAAGCAUGUUACACAUCAUACAAUUGUUGGAAAUAAAACUAUGCCAGAGUAUUCUUCUAAGUGGAAAUCAAUGAUAGGUAGUCAGUUUAUGAGUGAUAUAACUAUCUUUUCCAAAAAUGAACAUGAAAUUCCAGCUCAUAUUCUAGUGCUUCAUGUACAGUGCCCUGAUAUUUUGAAUGACAUUAUUAUAGAAGAAUCUGGUACACAUAAAUCAAAAAAAAUGGUUAUGUGGUCUGAGUACACUUAUGAAGCAUGCAUGGCAUUCUUAGAACUGAUUUACUCUGGCCAAGAACAAUUAAUAAGUCCCGAGUACAGAAAAGAUUACUUGAAUUUAGUAACAAGGUACAAUGUUCAAAUAGUUAUAAAUGAUGAUGAUGGAAAACAUGGAUGGUUUUCUGAAGAAUACGAUAAAGCAUCAAAACGUAAAAGCUCAGAAUUAUAUUCAACUGAUAAUAAAAGAUAUAGAGCUGACAGUCCAGAUAUGUUUAUGAUGGAUAAUGCAAGUGAAGAAAUAGGUAAUAUGAGUUCUAAUUUUUUAGGAACAACUGUGAAUGAUGAAAAAUCCUUGAGUGUGUUGAAAACCAAGCAGUGGUUGUACAAUUGCAACCUAAGUCAACGUCACAAUUCAUCAUUCACAGGAAAUUUAGAUAUUAAUGUUCUACCACAAACUAUUUCACCAAUGAAGAGUCCAGCUCAUUCUUUUCAUAGUGCAUCAACUGUACAUAUUCAACUAACACCUACGUCUACUGAAAAUGAUUAUAAUAUGAACAUUGAAAGCAACGAUGUACAGAUUAACUCAACAUUAGAUAUUAGAAGUUUAUCCCCCAAAUCAUUAUCAGUGGAUGAAUCAAGCAUGAAAGCCGACUUAAAGUUGAAUAACAUCAAAAACGUCCCUAUUGAUUUAGAAAUUCCUUCGGACAAAAUUUCUACACUUACUAAUUCACGUAAAGAACCAGAGUUAAUUACAAUCAUCAGUGAUAGUGACAAUGAAUCGAUAGAUAUGAUUUUGUCUCGUUAUAAUGGUACAGCUCAUGAUAGAAGUAUUAAUCUAUCAAAUGAAAACUAUUGUACACCUUUUCAAGCAAGCAUUAAGAGAAUGAAAAAUGUUUUUCCAUUCAACUCAGAUGAUAAAAGUAAUGCUAUAAGUGUUAUUGAGUUAAAUGAUAGUAGCUUAGAUUCAAUUCAUUCAGUUAGUACAAAUAUAUUACAUCAAAGAAAUUGUAACACUAAAUUGAGCAAUUCUGUUGUUAACAAGACCACAACUUCAACACCAAGAACUAAGACAUUCAUAAAUAUUGAUGAUGAAAAGACCGUAAUUUCCACUGUACCAAAGUUUUUUUUCACAAACAGUACUAAUGCUCAAAUUCCAUCUUCAAGUAAUACAAAUUUUAUAGACCUAAUAAACGAUAGUAGCUCAGAUUCUAUCUUUACGAUUGAUAAAAUAAAAAAUGACAGUUUAUCGACAUCAUUUUCAACAUUGCCAUUGAAUAAUAAUGCUCAACAAAAUUGUCAAAAGUCUUCAACUCCCCUUUCAAAUGCACCAAGAAAAAUAAAUUCUCCAAGUCGUGAUAGUUUAACUACAAAAUUUGAAACAAACAAUUGUAUAUCGAAUGCAUCACCAUUAAAAGGAGGUGACAUGUGGUCAAAUUGUUCAUAUCCAAUAAGCGAUGGAGAUUAUUAUGCAAAAAUUAAUACAAAAACAAACGAAGACUUUUGUUCAACAAUUUUUUCAAGCAAUACAAUUUUACCUAAAUGUAGUAAUUCUAAAUUACUAUCCAAAUCUACUGAGCAAUUAUUUCAAUGUAACGAUAUGCCAUCAACAUUUUUAAACACUUCCCCAAUUUAUAAUGUAGAAAACAGUGAUAAUAUCAGUAAUACAAUAGGGUCCUAUAAGAAAAAUGUUCUAGACAAAUCUAAUUCAUAUUUUGAACAGUUGGAAAAAAUCUUAUCAAAGAAAAAUAUAAAAUCACCUUCUAAUAAUUAUAUCAAUUCCCUAGUAAACAUAAAAGAACCUAUUGAUUUAACUACAUGUUUAUCAAGUGAAUACACACAUACUUCAUUUAGGCCUUAUAGUUCUCAAAUUGAAACUGUUCAACUACCUAUUACAUCAGAAAUAACUACAUCAAAUGAAAAUGAUGAUGAUCAAAAUAAAUCAGCCUUUGAACAAAUAAUUGACGAUCCGUGGAUGGACUAUAAUGAUUGGCAACCAUAUAAUAUUAGUCCUCAAUAUGUGUCACCAGUUUUAUCGGAGAAAAAUUCUUUGGUCUUAGUUAAUGACUCUGAAGUAUUAUCAACACCCCAAAAUAUUGUAAAUCAUAUUAAUAUGGAUUUACAAACUUCUCCACCAACUAUUUCAAGUAAUGUUGAUAUAGUAAAUCAUCAAAUAAAAAAUGCAGUAACACCAAAUAAAUACGGCAGUAGAAUAAGUACUCCAAAGAGUUUACGCAGGGUUCAAUCAGAAUCUAUCAUUGGAACUAAUGGACAAAUAACACCUUUGCCAAAUUAUAGUGCAAUGAAAACACCAGAUUUAAGAAAAGAAUUUGAACGUUAUGGCCUUAAAGAUCUCGGAAGGCGCAAAGGAAAGCUUAUAUUAAGACAUAUCUAUGAUGUAACUCAUCCCAAAUAUGAUUCUGAAGAAGCAAAAUGUGUUGGAGACUCUGAACAGUAUUCUGAUUCUUCAGAUAGUUCAGAACAUGGAAUGCCUUAUUAUGAAGCUGGAGAUUACGACGAAUUGGAAACUUUUAGUCAAACAAAUUUAUCAAAUAAAAUUUCAAUAGAUGUGGGUUUUAAAGAUUUGCUCAGAGUCAAUGAAGAUCUUCAUAAAAAGAUUUUGUGUUAUGAACCUAUUUGGAUUGAAGAGCUGAAAGACGAUUUAAAACAGUACAAUGUAAACAUUAGUAUGCAAAAACUCAUGACGUUCUUGGAUGAUAAAUGUGUGUCAUUUCGUUCAAAGUCAAUAAAUGAUCAGAGGAAAAAAUUAGCAGCAAAAAAAUACACCAAAAGAAAGAAAUUAUUUUAA